AUGCGUCUCAAGGGCGCCGCGUUCGGGCUUGCCCUCGCAGCACUGCCUCUUGGUGUCUUCUCGGAGCUCGUCACUAUCACGGCCUACAAACCGACUUGCGCGGCACUCUACACCACCGUGGGAGCGAGUGGCGGCGCCAGUACAGCAACCGUCGGCCUGUCCACCGUCACCGUCACUCCGCUCCCAUCGCCAUCCGUCUCAGCUCUGUCCGACUCGGCGUUGAACGCGGGCACACCCUUCGUGAUCUCCGUCCAGCCCCCGACCUAUGGCCAGAGUGGACAAGCGGGCACUGUCCGAUACUUGACAUAUGGCGGAUACACCUCGACGAAUGCGAGUGAAGCUGCUGAGUACCGUAUCGUCAACGGCACUCUGCUGGAAGUCGGAGGCGGCUGGGUCUCGACCGACGGAAAUGUCGACAGCAUGCCAUUCGCAGUAUCUUCCACCCUCGGAUCCAUCGACUCUCGCUUCUCUUCCGAAAACUCGACUAUCCAAUGGAUCAACACUGCGUUCGAUGACGGUGCUGCACAAUUCUUCUCGGUGCCUGCAGGCAAUGGCGGCUCACAGAUCGUUGUCCGGUUCCGUGGGCCACAAGAUGCAAGCUGGACUCCUGUAGUCUUGGCUGCUACGUCCCCUGCUGGCCUGGCCAUCGAGCCUGCGGCCACCACGCCUGCCGGAUCUAUGGUUGUCUCGACUGUCAUUUCGAUGGGAAGUAUGACCAUUCCUUACACUACACCCGUCACCCAAUCUGGUCCAGCGGGCUAUUCAGCCCCUCCCGCUUCGUCUUCUGUUCCACCGCCUGGCUACUCUUCCGCUCCCGGCAUCUCAUCUGCUCCCGCGAGCUCAUCAAGCAGCGCUGGUACUGGAGCCGGCACUGCGCCGGUAGUGGUUCCAUCCACCACCACUGCCAAUGUCUCCCCACAGGGUACUUGUGGAGUCAAUGGCUUCAACUGCUAUGGUGCUCCCGCCGGAAACUGCUGCAGCGGCUAUGGAUUCUGCGGCAGCGAUCCGACCUACUGCGGCCAAGGAUGCCAGCCAGAAUACGGAGAUUGCGAUGAAACCACACCCUCCUCUGCAAUGGUCCCGGUGCCUGGUACCAAUAGCGGAACUUUGGUGUACUCGACCAUGAUGGCUACCUCAAGCGUUGCCAUGGUCUCUAGCUCCCGGCCAGCUCCCUCAUCCAGUGCUCUGACAUCCAUCCCCGUCAUCCCAGUCAGCUCAUACCCAGCAUGGAGUUCUGGCGCUCCAAGCUCAAGCCAAGUUGUCGUACCUCCUGUGUCGAGCCAGGCCCCGAGCUGGAGCCCUUCGCCCGUCUACAGUAAGAGCAUGUCUGUGUCUAUGUCCGGCUCUGUCAGCGUCACCUUCUCGCUCACCCACACUUGGACUUCGAGCGUCGCGGUGUCCUUGCCGGCCUACAGUACUCCGGGUCAGCCGAUCGGUCCAGUCAACCCACUCACGUGGAGUUCUGAUGCUAGCGUCUGGUCUUCUGUGGCGCCUGGUGCCCCAUCGUAUGGCGCCUCCUCAAUGAUGGAGUCGAGCAUGCCGGCAGGGUCAUCAGCAGCACCAUCGAUGUAUUCGUCCGUGCCACCCGCCUACUCCAGCUUGGCAUCUGUUGCGUCCUCGAUUCUCUCCGUGGAGUCCUCCGCACCCACCCCCGCGCAUUCCUCGCCGGCUCCGCCUGCAUACUCUUCUCCUUCCGCACCAGCCUAUGCUUCUCCACCGCCGCCUGCAUAUCCCUCUGCAGCGUCUUCAAUGCCCGGUAUGGCCAGCAGCAGCGCUCGAGCCUCGUGGUCUCCAACGACCACUGCAUCGUCGCGAACCAGCACUGCUGCAGGCCACACAGGAACUCCCUCCAUCUGUCCCAGCUCCAACGGACAGACCUAUGUGGACUGGACAGGGGGUGUGUACACGAUCGCGUGCGGCAGCGAGUACAACGGCGAUUCGCAGAACGGCCCCGUCACGAACGUGGCCAGCUUCGAAGCUUGCAUGGAAUCCUGUGACGCGCUCGGUACUGCGUGUAAUGCUGUCGUCUUUGAUGGCGGCAAUGGGAACGGCAACUGCUAUAUUAAGCCGAACCCGGGCGAUUUUGUUGCUUCUAGCAAUGCCAAUACCAACGCCGCCCAGCGGUACAGGGCUCCUCUGGCUGCCUCGAGCUCGAGCGGUAUGGCAAUGUCUAGCUCGGCGGCAAUGUCCAGCUCCGUGGGUGGCAUCUCCGUUGCCCCAGGCAGCCCUCCUGCAUACCCAAGCUCGAGUGCACCUAUGGUACCAAGCUCGUCCAGUGUGGCGUCCAGUGUGGCGAUGAUGAUGUCUUCCAGCAGCAGCAGCGCCGCUGUGCCACCAAUGUACGGUGGUCCGUCGGCCAGCAGCUCCACGAUGAUCCCGUCCGGACCACCAGCCUACAACAUCGCACCAGCCGCGGCCACAACCCAAGCCCCAUCCUCGACCGUCCCCUCCACUUCGACCUCCUCCGGAGGCUGCGCCGCCGGCGCAAGCACCUACCUCGCCCUCCCCUGCCCGACCUUCUGCAGCUUCGGCGACGUGGACACCUCCCUCGACCAAGACGAUUCCUUCUGCGAAGUCGACACCCCGCAACCGGUGCACUGGUACACUCAGACCUUCACCAAGACCUACCCGGGCAUCAACGGCCUGCUCGGCUUCGGCGCCGGCUCCUCCCAGUACGCCCCGGACGCCAUGCCCGACGCCAACCUCGCCAUCCCCGCCGCCGCGCCCAUCUGGACCGACCAGCUCGUGCAGGGCGACUACGCCUCCCCCCGCCAGGGGAUUUACUACCAGCUCGACGACGCCGGGGUUGGCUUUGAGUGGUAUACCAUCACCGGUGGCGAUCCGAGUCAUGCGUACCAUUAUACGGCGCGCUAUAAUUAUUCUCUUCCCGGGGUGGUUUCGUACACGUACUAUAAUGUCGGCAAUGGGUAUGAUGGGAAUCCAGGCUUGGUGGGCAUUCAGGGAUGUGAGUUGACUACCACCCUAUUUCAUCCUCUCAUAUCUUUCCCCCCCCCCAUCCCCCUCUUUCUCCAACCCAUUCUACUUGUUUUUUCAACUGACGAUCACUGACUGAUUUCUUCGAUUUGUUGUCAUAGUCAACUCCUCCGGCUCUCUCGUCGGUUACACGUACAGUCUCGACACGGCCUCGCUUUCCGUCGGUAUGACGGUGACGUGCGAUACGAAUGCCAAUACUUGUACCCAGGCGGUGUGA